AGCAAGUAAGAAUUCAUAAUCUUGACAAUGGAGAAACGCCAAGACCCUCCAAGUCCAGGCUCUGGAACUCCGCCAAGCAACUUCGACAUUCCAACCACCAUAGUAUUGUAUACAUGUGUACUUUUGGUUGCUAUCGGAAUGUGCUUCUGCCUCCAGCGAGCAAAUCGACUGCUACCUAACGGACUCAACUUUGCAUUACAACCAACCAGACUGAGCCGCAGCCGGUCUCGCGGAGGGGCAGCAUCGUUUCCUGAUGAUGACCUGGAAGCACAGCAAGGACUUCUGGACGUUGAUGACGACUCCUCGGAUAUAGAAGAGGAGGCAUAUCGCCGACGACAGGAAGCUAUGGCACGAGAUGAACAAGAGCAGGAAUUUGAAGAAUUCGGCGAGUUACAGGAAGCUCCCACUGUAGAACAUGUACAUAAUGAUUCUGCAGAGUCACCAUCGGUCACAUCGCCGCAAUCUAGCAAAAAAGCCAGUGUCUUUAGUAUUCAGGAUGAUGACGAAGCGAAUAACGAUGAAGAUCUGGACCGUCGCUAAUAUGACUCGAAAUUCGAUGCAAUUACAUUAAUGAUGUUGCCUAUAGUACCUGUUUCAAAACCCUCCUCAUCAGAUUACUCCAUUUAUGAUGCAUUUUGACAACAUAUCGCACAUACCAAGUGUUCAUAUAGCUAGUGAGCUUUCCACGGUUUCAUUAUUUUACUUUUUUUCUUAUGGAAGACGACGUGGAUAAAUACAAACAUAUCAACAGGACUAUUUGGAAAU